UACAGUAUGAAUGAAAUGUGUAGCAGAAUGAAAGCAGCAAUGAUAACACGUACACAAUUCGACUCAGUCAAAGCAGAAUUGAUGAUAAGGUGUGAUUUUCUUGGUAGUAAAUGAAAAUAUGGCUAGAAUAGCUGAGCGAUCAAAAAACUCCGACGUAAGUCUUCAGUACAACAUUGGCAAUAAUAUAAUGUGGAUUGCGCGCAUAUUGCUUUGAAAACAAAAAACGAAACGCGAGUGUGUUGCAAUAUCAACGAGCGACAAAAAAAUAUUGUUUUCGAAAAAGUGUUCACACGAAACAUAACGGUACAAAAAUGCAAGUGAAUUGAUGUCUACGUCGGCAGUACGCGAAUUUAGAAACUUUAUAUGCGCUAUUUGAUGCUUUUAUUAGCAAAAAUCGAAAACAAAAAAAAUAGAAAUCGAAAAUGUUGAGUGCUUUUAGUACGGUUGCACCAUACUUGAAAUUCAAUCCGACAUAUGUGAUCGUCGACAAUUUUGUUUUUAAAUUGCAUUAUCGAUGGACAUUCAUAAUUUUGUUGGUGGCCACCAUUUUGGUGAGCAUGCGUCAAUAUUUCGGUGAACAUAUCAAAUGUAUAUCGGACACCAUACCGCCGCAUGUCAUAAACACAUAUUGCUUCUUUACGCCUACCUUCACGCUGGUGCGUCAUCUGAAUAAUAGCGCUUUGGAGAAGGGCAUCAUAUUUCAGCCUGGCAUUGGACCCGAAGAGUCGCAACAUGAAGAAAUCAGACGGCACGCUUACUAUCAGUGGGUACCCUUUGUACUCUUCGGUCAGGCAUUGCUCUUCUACAUCCCGCAUUUCUUGUGGAAAAGUUUUGAAGGUGGCCGCAUUAAAGCACUCGUCUUCGGUUUGCGCAUGGUCGGUCUCUCACAGUAUUUAAAAGAUGAAAGUCUUAAAAUUGGAAAAAUUAAUAUACCUUCUAUGGAGGAGACGGAGUCACGUGUGAAGAAUAUACGUCGUGCCAUGAUCGAUCGUAUGCGCAUCAAUCAAUCGUGGGGUGCGCAUCUGGCUUUUACCGAAUUCCUGAAUUUGCUGAAUAUUUUACUUCAAAUUUAUUUGACAAAUCGUUUUCUUGCCGGCGCCUUCUACAGCUUGGGCGUGAAAGUCAUACGAGAGCGUUGGACCGAUCAAAUGGAUGCGCUCGAUGUGGUGUUUCCGAAAAUCACCAAAUGUCAUUUCCGUAAAUUCGGUCCGAGCGGUUCACUACAAAUGCAUGAUACACUCUGUGUUAUGGCAUUAAAUAUCAUCAAUGAAAAAAUUUAUGCGGUCCUAUGGUUUUGGUAUCUGUUCGUGUUGGUGAUGACGAUAAUGGGACUAAUUUGGCGUUUGAGCACAUUUUUGUUGUAUAGAAAUGUUCGUUUUACAAAAUUAACUUUCGCCUACUUUGCAAGGCCCGGUCGCAUCGAUGAACAGGAAUUGGCCGCUGUGGUGGCAAAGUGUAAUUUCUCGAAUUGGAUGUUCUUAUUCUUUCUACGCAGCAAUAUUUCCGAAUUUCUCUUCAAACGUGUGAUUUUCCAUUUAGCCAGCGAGAUGCCUGAUCCUGAGAAAGACAACAGUAUUAACGCCUUCUUGGAUAGAGAGCACUCGGCAGCUAAGGCGGGACCAAGUGGAGUAGCACAUACAAUACAACUUGAUGAAGUCGAUACUCCGCUACUGAGUAGUAAAGUUGGUGCUAAGAUUGAUUAGAACUCCACUAUAUUGAUUUUUGUAUGACACAGCAAUUUAGAUAUAACCUUGAGGUCAACGACUUUCUUAUAAAGUGUAUAAUUUAAGUUUUCCAUGUUUAUUUAUCUCCAAUAAGUUACUGGUUUUAUUUCUAAAACUAAAUGAAACUAAAUAAAAAAAUGUAAUCUAAAGCUGAUAA